GAAGCAGCACACAAAACAAUUGUGUUAGCGCCUACUUCGACUACAAUCAUUUAUGAUAACCUGUAUUAUUAAUGCAAAUAUUUCAUGGUUAUUACAUAAAUUUUGUGCCUAAAUAUGUGUCGUGUUCUUUCGUCCCUUAUCAAAAUUAUUAGUUUGUCUAUUUUAGUAAGUGACUCCAAUUGUACCCAACGGACGCUCACCAACUAUACUGGAGUAUUGCGCCAAGCUCGUCACACCAAGUGUACUCUCCCACCACAUCCAGACUUUGGUCGAUGGACUAUGUAUGACGUACCCUCUCAAAAAUCCCCUGGGGAAGUGGUACCCUCACGGACAGUUUUAGAAGUGAGUUGCAACAAAAAUCAUAAACUCGAUACCUACGAAAUUGUUACCUGCGUUCGCGGAGAGUGGCGACCCGAAAUUGGGAAAUGUUUACGGACGUGUCCUGCGAUCGACAGUACUUCGAUUAUGACGGUGACUUGCACCCUCAACGAGCAAACGUUGAAAUCUUGUGCUGACGCUUUUGACGGGACGGUCGCAAGGUUUCAUUGUGCUCGCUUUUUCGAAAAUCAGGGCCAGGAAAAGGAUCCUUUUCGCUUGUGCUCUAACGGAAAAUGGAUUGGAAGUUUACCGACCUGUGUCCCACGAUGUGGACAAGUAUUACGCAGAAAAGAACCCACGCUGAUUGUUGGCGGACAUGAAACACUAAGACGAGAGUACCCUUGGCAGGUCGCAUUAUAUCGAUCAUCGGAUAAAAACUUACUUUGUAGUGGAACUUUACUAAAUCAGAGAGUUAUUCUAACUGCGGCGCACUGUAUAACAGACGAUAAAGGCAAACUUCAACCAAAGGAACAGUAUGUGGUAGCCGUUGGUAAAUAUUUUCGGCAAUAUGACCACCCCGACGAUGCUGCAGAUGCACAGUUUUCUUCUGUGUACGACAUGUAUGUUCCUCGACAGUACAAGGCAUAUAUUCAGCAUUACUUUGGCGAUGUUGGUAUUAUAAUUACGACGAAAAUUUUUAACAUUUCUGCCAGUGUUCGACCUAUAUGUGUUAUGUGGGAGUCAAAGCGCCAUCAAGUACUGACAGACCCUAGUAGACAGAAAUACGCUUACGUCAGCGGUUGGGGUUACACUGUAGAGUACACAAAUCUUUCUGAUGUACUUAGAUAUUUAAAAGUUCCGCUUAUCACCGACGAAGAUUGCAAUCAAAGAUUACCCGAAGAUGUCAUCGAAUACAUGACUGACGAUAAGUUGUGUGCAGGCUUUUUAAAUUCUAGUACUUCUGUAUGUAAAGGUGACAGCGGUGGAGGUCUCAUUGCCAAAUACAAGAAACGCUAUUAUAUCAUCGGAACUGUUAGUAUUUCACCCCAAGCAGAAUCGGCAUAUGGUGGCUGUAACAGUCAAACAUACACUCUCUACACGAGGUUUUCGUAUUAUAUUGAAAGCUUUAUACUGGAAAAGGAAGCUCGAUUUAGACCGCGUCUGGAUUGUCAAGAUCCUCUUAAUUGUGACGACGAUAACCCUCCAAUUACGUCAUUCCCACCUACAGAGCCGACAACAGAAAUUGUAACAGAAUCGUCUGGGAGUAGUCGCUGCAUUUUACCAAAUCACCCCGAAUCUGGAAAGUGGAGUAUCCUUGGAGCAACUACAGCACUGGAACCUGGAACACCAGUAACAUCAGGAACCGUUUUAAAACUAGAAUGUAACGAACGUUUUUUGAUGGAGGGUCAAAAUUUAAUAUACUGUGACAAAAACAACAAGUGGUCAUCCGAACUUGGUCGAUGCUUAAAAAGUUGUCCACCGAGAGUAAGUACUCCAACAAUGCAUGUUACAUGCGUCUACAGGGAGAAAGAGAUUGAAAACUGUACUGAACCAGUUGAAGGUACUAUCGCUAAAUUUCGGUGUGCUCCGUUUUAUGAAGAUUUACAGUUAAAAAAAAGGCCUGUUCAUAUCUGUAAUGAUGGUACUUGGGACCAACCACUUCCAGAGUGUGAACCGAUUUGUGGCCAAAAAACUGUAGAAGCUACUCAGUUAAUUGUAGGUGGAAGUAAUGUGACCAAAGGGGAUUAUCCCUGGAACGUAGCUUUGUACACCAAAAAAGACAAGUUGCUUAUAUGUGGUGGAUCACUUAUAAGUAGAAGAAUCGUGGUUACAGCUGCCCACUGCAUCGCGGAUGAAAACGGAAACUUGCUUGAUAAGGAAAACUACGUCAUAGCUGUUGCAAAAUACUAUAGAAACUUUGAGGACCGUCGAGACCACAACGAAGCACAAUUUUCAGAGUUGGAGGCCAUGUUUGUCUCUGAAAUUUAUAGAGGCAAUGUUCAGAAUUUCAUGGGUGAUAUUGCCGUAUUAGUGUCUAAGAAAACUUUUACCCUUUCACGAAGAGUUCAGCCUGUGUGCUUAGACGUAAAUCAAAAUUCCAAUAUCGCUGCAGACGACAUAGGUUACGUAAUUGGGUGGGGUUACACUGUUGAAAACGCGAUCCCGUCAGAAGUUCUGAAAGAACUAAAAAUUCCUUUGGUUUCUCACUUAAACUGCCAAAAUAAUUUACCAGAAGACUACGAAGUUUAUGUCACUUUUGACAAAAUUUGUGCCGGAUACCUUGACAAGGGAUUGUCAAUAUGUAAAGGAGAUGGUGGUGGAGGAUUGGUAUUUAAACAUAAUGGUAGAUAUUAUCUUACUGCCGUCGCCAGUCUAUCUCCCUCUUCACCUACUACGUUGGGGGGCUGUGACAGCCAUAACUAUGGUCUCUACACUAAAGUUUCGAAUUAUAUGAAUUUUUUUAUUUUGUCAAAAUUAGCUGAAUUUAAGGACUAAAUCUUACAUAUUACUUUAAUAGAGACUAAAACCUACUGUGCUAAAACUAUCACUAUUUAUAAGCGUUAACAGGAAAAAAUAAAAUUCGCUGUACCAAAUUGAUAUACAAUUUAUCUAAGAAACGGAAACUGGGUUUGGUUCCGGAGUAAAGAAGCUUUUUGUAAACAAUUUUCGACCAACAAUGUUUAGAAUGUGGCCAACCAUUUUACGCAAAAAAGAACCCACACUAAUUGUUAGUGAAAAUUAUAUAGAACGUCCGAUAACGAAUUGUGGCGAAUUAUACCUUAUGAUGAUGGAACUUUAGCUACUCUAACUAGACAUUUUUAAUAGCAGUAAGAAGAUAAAUUAGGUAAACAAAAAACUUUCAACAACACAAUGUAUAACAAUAUAGUAAAUGGCUUAUUAGAGUUUUAAUUAUACAGGAGACAAUGAACCUACAAACGUUAAAAUGCAACCAGUAACACAUUUUCAAAAGUAGCUUGAAUCUUGGUUCUUAAAUUUAAUUAACAACACAUGGUUAGUUCGUUUUAGAAAUUUUGAGACAAAGGUCAAUUUUUAAAUUAUGUAUAUGACAUUAACAAAUAAUAAGUGUUAAACGAAACACGAAGUAUGAACAAACCAAUGAACGCCACUGGCGCUUUUACCCACCUGCAAUUUGAAAGUGAACUUGACUGGUCCUAUUUUUCUCUUCUUCAUUGGUGACGUUGCCGAUGACGACAUGCUAUUUAUUCUCAGUUUGUGCGAGGUCUAGUAAUUGUCAAAAAUGACUGUAAUUGUAUUUAUUGUUGAUUACGUUUUGAAUUUUUUAGGUGAGACGUUUCUCGUGAAUAAUCCUGUAUAAUUAAAACCUUUGUCGUACAUACAAUGCGUCUUUUCUAAAAGUGGCCAUAAGGAUUC